GCCAAAUGUUCCUAAUGAACCGGUUCUUCGACGGCGCUUUCCUGACGUUCGGCAUAGACGUGGUGACGUUCAUGGAGAGUGACCAGGAGGAGCGGAUCGACCCUAUGAUCUUCAUUUUCCCGAGAAUGACCAAGUGCACCUUCUACAAGUUCGGUGUCUCAGGCGAAGUGGAGCGCCAUGACGCGGUGUGCAUCCUUCCGCUCAACGUCGUCAACGAGAAGAUCUACGUCUUCCUCUGGUUCUGGUUCCUCAUCCUGGGGGUCUUGACCUCUGGUGUCAUCGUUUACAGGAUAAUAAUCAUCCUGAGUCCUCGCAUGAGGGUGUAUCUGCUGCGGCUGCGCUUCAGACUGAUCAGGCGGGAAGCCAUAGACGCCAUAGUGCGCCGCUCCAAGAUGGGCGACUGGUUUCUGUUCUACAUGUUAGGCGAGAACAUCGACGCCAUCAUCUUCCGUGACGUGAUGCACGAAUUAGCUGCCCGCCUGGGACACAGCAAGCCGGAACUGCAGGAGGCGUAACGUUUGGCCGCGCCUUCCAUCACAUCGGCC